AUGCAUGUGGACCGUGCCUGGUGCUGGCCGGGGGACACGGUGCGGGUGACUGUGACAGUGGACAACGAGUCCGGCAGGACCCUCAAGGCCUCGCAGCUGUUUCUGCAACAGCAGGCUGUGAUGCAUGCAUCCACCAUGGUGCACCCAGACAUGCAGCCCAGCUACAGCGGCACAAUUUUCACCGUCAGCCACUUCGUGUGCAUCCGCUUUAGCAUGGGCUGGUUCAUGAUGCCUCUCAUUCUCAAGGCACGGCUGGUGCUAGCUGCUUUUGGGCCGCCAGCAGGCCUUCUGCCCAUCCAGCUCCUGCUGCUACUGCUGCAGCUGGCUGAUGCCGUAUCUGAGAUGGCGGCUGCUGUUCUGCAGGUGCCCUUGCGCGUGUUGGUGGGACCUCUCUGUGCAACACUGCCUGGCCCAAGAUCAGCCAAGGACGGCAAGGAUGGUGCGGAGGUCUCCUUCUUUGCAGAACCUCCCGCUUUCUGGAAGCCCAGUGUGGUAGUCGGCCCGCUGGCAUUGCAUGUGAAUGCGGCAUCGCCACUGCCACCAGAAGCGCUGGUGGCAGACGCGUCGUUCUGGGCUCGAGCCACUGGGGGCAAGUAG